UGUUCGCUCUGUUCUGUGAUCAUGGCUGCACCGGACCACACCAGCCAUGUUUGCUAAUUUAAAACCCAAAGGUUAGGGGAAUAGUUGUUUAUUAUUUAUCGCCUUGCCAUCUUCACCCGCACAUCCGUUAAGAAGAACGUUUAGAGACACCUGCGCCUUCGGGACCCGAGGACUGAAAGAUGGAUUCAAAUAAUCAUUUCAACUAUGGCACUCACUCUUCAGCAAACUCAGGACUGAAACUCUCCUCAGGGGAUUCUCUUUAUACUAACGGGUCCUCCAUGAGUUUUCCUCAGCAGGGGAAGAAUAUGAAUGGCGAAAUGAAUGUGAAUGGCGUCACUACUGUACUCGGAUCCAGUGUCCCUGGUUCCCACCCACCAUCGGCCCCUUAUCCACACUUGAGCAACCACCACCAGAGCAGCGUGGGCUAUGACUACUUGUGGGGAGGGCACCCUCAGUAUGGCCCAGCUGUGAGCAACUCUCCUGCGCAUGGGAUGCAUCAGAAGCAGUCUACACCUGGGAUGGUUCAGCCUCAGUCACAGCACCACUUCCAGGGUCAUGGACAGUACCAGCUGAAUGGGGGGAUAGAAAGCUCCCAUCAGGCCCCUGUGGCAGGCCCAGCGAACAUGCCUCUCACGGGGAACCAGUACUGGAACAGGAGUAACCCUGGCACCCAGCAGAUGAGUUAUAAUUCCCAUGGCAUGUAUGGGACCUACCAGAGUCAAGCACAUCCUGGGAUUACACCACCACAGCAUCACCAGCAGCAGUCCUUACAGGCAACCCCUCAUCAGGCAUCACAACAACACUUCCAUUCCUCCCAGCCUCUCCCACACCACCGCCACCAGCAGCACCAGCAACCACAGCAUUACGGCAUGAUGCCGAAUGGGAUGCCGUAUUACCAGCAUCAGCCCCAGCACCCGUCCCUGUCAUCACCCCAGCAGCAGCAGCAGCCGCCACCACAACAGCAAACUCAGCCACAAGCCCAGGCUCAGAUGAUGCCUCCAGCUUCUCAGAAUUUCACUCCUCCACGUGGCAGCCCGCAGCACCACAGCUUAGGCAGAGGGAGCACUGGCAGCCCUCUGCCCGUGGGGAUGUCCUCGGCACAAAUGAUGUCACCAUCAGCUGUGCAGGAUAGUGGAUCUCCAAAGGGCCACAGCAGGGAACGGAGCCCCCACUCUAGCAAUGUGGGGAUGUCCUCUCCAAUGCAAGGGCAUACGAGGGAAACUGUCAGGGAGGUAGACACAAGCUACAACGGCAGUGAUAGGUCACCUGUUGCCCAGAGGCUACCCAAGACUGAUAGUCACCAAUCCAAACCUCCUGCUGCUCAUGUGGGUCCUCCGAGUGAUUAUCGUCAGCUUUCGGAACAGCCAGCAGCUCAGCGCCCAGAAAUGUCUUCCCCAGUCAGAGAUCCAGCUGUUAACCCACCUCCUCAGUCGCAGCUCUCUGUGGCUACAGCAAAUACAUCUGUUUCUUUAACCAAGUCCUCAACACCACCUCAGGUGUCUGCAGCUCCUGCUUUCUCUGGAUCUCCUACAUCUGAGGCUGGACCCACUAUAAUUUCGUCUCCUGAUGUAGAAUCUACUUCACCACAAAUAUCAACACCUCCCAGUGUAUCCUUUGCCCCAUCUCCAACAGCUGCUCCCAGGCUCUCUUCUCCUCCCCUGAUGGUUCAAGGCCUCAGGCCUCCCCCUCCUGGCAUGAGUGAUAUAUCACCUGCAGGAUUCAAGCAUCUGUUAGUGGGGUCUUCAUCCACCUCAUCGCUUCCUGUAUCACCUUCAAAACUGUCUACACCUCUUGCUUCGACUGAUAGUUUGUCUAGACCUGCAGCAGUUUCUUCAGUCUCUUCAUCAUUGGAGUCUGCAUUUCAUCAAAAGCCUGCAACUGUUUCUGGACUUCCUGUACAACAGUCGCCUCCUUCCAUAGUGUCUGCAUCUACUUACUCUGCACCCAGCUUGUUGGUUGAGAGGCAAAUGGUUCAAGAAUCUAAGCCACCUUCGAUGCCACCACGUUUCUCUGAUGCAUCUGGAGGUCAGCAUGAAAAGCCCAGACCCCCAAAACUGAUUUCUGACUCUGUGGCUGCAAAUUCCUCAUCUGGCGGUUUAGCUCCAUCUCAGAUGUCUUUAUCGGGACCUUCAACCCUAACACCACCUGGCCCUUGCUCAUUACCAUCUGCAUCACCCUCUUCAGUGGAAAAAAAUCCUCUAGUCGGCAGUGAACCAGCAUCCACACUGCAGGGUCAGAAAUACACUCCUCAAGCUGUUGAUUCGGGUCUUUCCAUUGCUUCAUCACCACCAGGGGGCAUGAAUUUGCCCUCGAUCACAGACCAUGUAAGUCCUACAGUGAGACCUCUUUCUACCCUACCUCUUCUAACCACUCAAGCCUCCAGGACUGCACCCCUGCCCAGCCCUCCUGCCUUGGUGUCUGUGCCUCCUGUAACGGGUACAUCUUCUGGAGUGGUCCAAAGUUCUGACCUUGAGCGACAUCCUCCUAACACCGCUCCUCCUCGUGUGCUAAAGCAGUCACCUUCCAAGUCUGAGCACCAUGGCCAUUGUGAGGACAGGAAAGCACUAGCUGAUAAAAGAAAUGAAAACGCAGAGGAACACCUCCCUUUGCUUGAUUCAGGCCUGGUAAGGAUGCCACAGCUGGAAGCACCUGAGAGUCAUAAAUCUGAAAGUCAGCCACCCAAAUCCCUCUCUGAGCUUCCUGGGAAAACUUUACAAACCACACUCGCUCCUGAUCAAAAGCCCAAGAAUGGGCAAACAGAUUCUGAAAAUCACCACAUGCCAAGUGAUGGCUGGGCAGCAGAGGACUGCACGAUAGACCAAGCUCCUCUCAGAAAGUCUCCACACCUUAGCAGGACAAGCUUUGCAAACUCUUCGCAUCCGGCCUCUCAGUAUGACGGCAAUUCAACCUGCAACACCCCCUCUGGAAUCAGUGUCGACUCUACUUUAGAAAAGACCUCUCUUUUAGGCGGUGAUAGCUCAUGGAUAGAGGACUCGACUCACUUUGACAACAGCUUUCACAUGAGAAAGGGCAAUUCUCAGUUUGACAACACUUCCUGCGCAGAAGAGGAGCCAUCUAGCAUAUUUGACAACUCUGUAGAUAGCAGCUUUUCUGUGGAAGACUCCAGAGACAACACAUUAGACUCCACCAGGGAAGGAGAGACCUCAGAAGCAGAAGAAACCAGGAACAGCUGUGAAAUUACAGGAGAAUCAGUGAUGGAGUCUUCUCUAGACAACACCUCUCAGACUGAAGAGCCUCCUGUUGAUUUGAGUGAUGUGUCCAACACACACUCUUUUGUGUCAUCUCAGCAAGGACCUGAAGCAGGCUGGGAUCCCAGAGGACAUGAUACACUAGACUCAUCUGGAGGCAUUAAUACUAAAAUUGCUGCCGAUGACACAAUGACACCACCAAGUUUCAAGAUGAGAGACGAGAACUUCAUCGCCUUCAGUACCCCAGCACAGAGCCCUGCUGUACACCCACUCCAACAAGUUACUGAUCAGACUUUGCCAGCUGCCGGAGGAAAUCUGAAAACCCCAGGGAAACCACGCAAACCUCGAACUACUAAGGCAAUAUGGAUUAAACCUGCAGCGGAGGUUCAGCCGAAGUCUCGGGGUCGAACCCCAAAGGUGGAGAAAAUGAAGUCUAACGAACAGGAAGAGACUAAUGUGGAGCCAGCUAAGGGCAGAAAGAGAAAGAAGUCUCUAAAGGUUGAUGCGCACGAAACAUCUGGAGAGGCUGGGCCUUCCACAGAAGAGGUUGAUCCAAUAACAGCCACGAUUGACGCUGUUUUGGCCAACGCUUCAUCUAUCAGCGCAACAGUCGAGAAAGCCAAGAAGAUGAAAAGGGUGAAGAAACAAGAUGCAGAAACAGCUGCUGAUGAUGCUGAUGAAAACGACGACAGCUCCACUGCAGGUGAAUCUGGCAGACGAAGAGUGGCAACAGAGGAGCAGGUCCAGUUCCCUCUGCUGCACGGUUGGAAGAGAGAGAUUCGUGUGAAGAAAAUGGAGAACCGGAUGAAGGGCGAAACUUGGUACUAUACUCCUUGUGGAAGGAGGAUGAAGCAGUUUCCAGAAAUUAUCAAGUACUUGAAGAAACACACAGACAGUGUGGUCACGCGAGAACACUUCAGCUUCAGUCCACGCAUGCCUGUUGGAGACUUCUACGAAGAGAGAGAAACUCCCGAGGGUGUGAAGUGGGUCCUUCUGGCUAAUGAGGAAGUUCCCUCUAUGAUCAUGGCCAUCACUGGUCGGCGUGGUCGACCUCCAAAUCCCGAUAAAGAAAAACCUCGCAGGGUUCGUGGGGUAAAGGGAGGACAGGCCCGUCGCCCCGGUAGACCUCCUAAACCGAAGAUGAUUGAUUUCCUUAGCAAGGUUGAUGCCAAGCUGCUGAAACGACUUGAGGCCAAGGAAGCUCUCACAGAGGAGGAAAAGGAGAAAUUGGCUAAAAUCAAAAAGAAAAUGAAAAGAAAGGCAAGAAUGAAGAGAAGGGAGGAUGCAAAGAUUAAGAAAAUGAGAGAUGAAAAAAAGAGAGCGAAGCUCGAGCAAGAGGCCCAGCACCUAGAGGCAAAGGCUGAACCAACUGACCCAUCAGCGCCACAGGCUUCACAGCCGGCAUCAGAGUCUGCUGCAGAGCCUAAGAAUCUCGGCCGGAGGAGGUCAAUUAAGGUUGAGCCCCCCCCACCGGUUCAGCAGACUGACACGGAAAGGGUGGCCCAGGGUAAGAGGGUGCUGGGGGCUCGGAGUAAAGCCAAGGCCCUGGCUAAAGCUCAGGCGGAGGCAGAGGCUGCAGCUCAGGCUGUUCUGGCUGCUAAGAGGGCAGCAGAGCGGAGAGCACAGGCCCAGCGACGGAUGGAGGAGCGGAAGAGGCAGCAGUUGAUAGCCGAAGAGCUGAAGAAGCCCACAGAGGAUAUGUGUCUCACUGAUCACAAACCCCUCCCAGAGCUGUCCCGUAUUCCUGGUGUGGUGCUUUCUGGAACAGCUUUUGCACACUGUCUGGCUGUGGUAGAGUUCUUACACGGUUAUGGAAAGGUGAUCGGUCUCAACAUACCCAAGGACAUCCCCAGCCUUGCUACCCUGCAGGAAGGCCUCCUGGGCCUGGGUGACAGCCAAGGAGAGCUGCAGGAUCUACUGAUAAAGCUGGUAGAGGCUGCACUACAUGAUCCAGGCCUACCAUCGUAUUAUCAGUCGGUAAAGAUCCUUGGGGAAAAGCUGGUUGAGUUGGAGCUGACCCGCAGCACAGUUUCAGAAGUACUUCGCAUUUUUUUGGAAGCUCAUGGCUAUGAGACAGAAGUGUGCAACACCCUGAGAACCAAACCAUUUCACGCCCUGCCUCCUGACACAAAGGCAGCCAUCCUGGGUUUCCUUGUGGAAGAGCUUAACAGCAGUAACACUGUGAUCAAUGAUAUUGACAACACAGUGGAGAAUAUGACAACCUACAGGAAGAACAAGUGGAUCAUUGAGGGGAAACUCCGAAAGCUGAAGGCGGCGCUAUCACGUCGUACAGGACGCUCAGAGGAAGAGCUGUGUUUUGAGGAGAGGAGGCGUAGUGCAAGAGUAGCUGAGGAGGAGAACCUCAGCCUGGAGGAGAAUGGUGUAAUCCUUGAGAGAGGGAACCGCCGUGCACGCAAAGAAGAACCCAAACUCAGUGAUAGCGAGAGCCCUACCAAUGCUAGCAUUCCAGAGCUUGAAAGGCAGAUAGAUAAGCUAACUAAGCGCCAAGCGUUUUUCCGUAAAAAGCUGCUACAGUCUUCUCAUUCCAUGCGGGCCAUACUGCUGGGGCAGGACCGUUACCGGCGCAGAUAUUUGGCCCUACCUCACCUUGGAGGAGUUCUCGUCGAGGGUCCUGAAGAGCUGCUGACUUCUGGAGAAGUCCUUAUAGCGGAGGUGCCUGUCACCUUCCUUAAAAAAGAGCCCAAAAAAGAGCCCAAAGUUGAGGAAGCUCCCUUGCCAACCACUCCUCCUCCUACUCUGCCUUCCUCUCCGACUUCUGCGACCCCAGGCCAGGCCCAGACCUUCUCUGUGGAGGAGGAGGAUCCCCUCCCGGGCACUGCAUCCCUCAUGAGCAGGCCGAGAGGACGCGGACGUCCCCGGAAAAUCAAACCUGAAGUCGAGCUUCACCUCCGCACAGCAAAAAUCCGCCGCCGGCGUAGAAGUAGCGUCAGGUCCCGGAGUGAGGAAGGGCCAGGAUCACCAAAUAGCGGGACACAAGACCUCACACAAGCGGCUUUCCAGAGCUGGCUCAGCCAAUCACAGGAAGCAGUGAUGAAUGGCACAUGCUCAUCAGCAGGGGAAGCUCCAGAGGGUAAUCGACCAGAGGAGAGUGUUAAAGAGAUGGCAGAGAAGCAAGGACAAUGGUUCAACCUGCUCCCCAAACAACCGUGUGAUGAUAACUCUCUGACUGAGCUCCAGACGCCCACUUCACCCAGCUCACCCCCCAAACUUCUCCCGCAGAUCCCGAGUGCUCUGUCUGCACUUACUGCUCCACUCGUGCAGCCGGACCCACUUUUGCCUUGCCUACCUCCUGCUGACCCUGUGGUUCCAGCACCACCAGCACUACAGGACAUUCCACCUACAGGCCCUGGUUGUGCUGUCCCAGCCAGUUCUCCACCAACAAACCCUCAGCUCCUUCCAACUCCCAAUCCUCCAGCUCCAUCCACUCCUGCCACACCUGCCAGGCCAGCUCGCAGGCGAAGGAGAGGCAGCAGAGGCAGCAGUCCUGCCCGCAGAGGGCCCCGUGGAGCUGCAGCAAAACGCCGCGGCCGCCCACCAAACUCAGUUUUCCAGGAGCUUGAACAGCAGUACUUCACACAGCUAGUGGUCAAGCCUAUCCCAGCAUCAAUGGUGCGUGGCUGGUGGUGGAUCAAGACACCAGAGGAACUGUAUAUCACCUUGCAGUCCCUCCAUCCAAGAGGCAUCAGGGAGAAGGUGCUCCAUAAGCAUUUAGCCAAACACAUGGAGAGCUUGGCCGAGAUAUGCACCAAACCGAUUAACGACCCAAUAUUUGAGUUGAAGGUAGAAGAGAAGGAUGCUCUGCUAGAGGCUCUGCAGCAGCCCUGGCAAGUGCAGGAGAAAACAGUGGAGACAGACAUCAUCGCACUACAGUGGGUGGAGGACCUGGAACAGCGGGUUAUUGCUGCUGACCUCCACUUGAAGGCACUUCCUCAGAGCGCUAUGACCGAUGCUGAAACAACCACAGACGCACCAAUGGCCGAAUUUCAGCCCUACACAAUCCCAGAUCCAGACUCCACACGCGAUGACCUCCAAUACUACGAACAUGACGCUGACCCACGUGACGACUGGAUCGUGCGAACCAAGAAGGAGUGGUCUGGCUUGCCGCGAAUCGCCACUCACCCGCUGGACCUGGGCGUGCUGCGGCUAGCCAACCUCGAGCGAAACAUCGAGAGACGCUACCUGAAGGAGCCGCUCUGGAACCCCGCAGAAGUGAUGCGCCUCGCUCCUCUCACCCCCACACCUGGAGAGGAGCAUCCCAUGGAUGUCAUCAGUCUGGAAAGUGAAAUCACGUCUCGACUGCGGACAUGGCGUCAGGCUUUAGACCGCUGCCGUAGUGCUCCCCAGCUGUGUCUGUGUUUACUUCAGUUGGAAAAGGCCAUUGCUUGGGAGAGAUCUGUGACUAAAGUGACCUGCCAAGUUUGCAAGAAGGGAGACAAUGAUGAGUGCCUGCUGCUGUGCGACGGCUGCGAUCGUGGAUGCCACAUGUACUGCUUGCGGCCUAAAAUCACCCAGAUUCCAGAGGGAGACUGGUUUUGUCCCACUUGUGUCGCUAGGGAUGAAGACGAUUCACUGCGCUUGUCCAAAAAGCGCACCAGGGUGAGGAAGAGACGUUACGAAGACGACAGCUCCGAGGACGAGGUGACAACACGACGCAGUGGCGGAAUGAUGACACGGCACAAAGACGUGGCGACACCUCCCUCGUCUUCUCGUCACUCCGGAGAAGGAAGCAGCGCUAAACGGCGCCGCAUGACAACACGCAACCAACCCGACCUCACCUUCUGCGAGAUCAUUCUAAUGGAGAUGGAGGCUCAUGCAGACGCCUGGCCAUUCCUUGAACCUGUCAAUCCCCGACUGGUGCCAGGUUACCGCCGAAUCAUCAAGAACCCCAUGGACUUCCUCACCAUGAGAGAAAGACUGUUACAAGGAGGGUACCUCAGCUGCGAGGAAUUUGCAGCAGAUGCUCAGUUGGUCUUCAACAACUGUGAGCUCUUCAAUGAAGACACGUCAGAGGUGGGAAUGGCAGGACAUUCGAUGAGGCGUUUCUUUGAGAGCCGCUGGGCGGAGUUCUACUCAAAUAAGGACAAAUAGGAGCCUACGACGAUCCCCGCUGAUGGUGGGGCUGUAGACUGUUGGUGCUUUCACCGUCCCAGUCGCACACUCUCCAUUACUGCUAAGACUGUCUGGAGUUUCUUCCAGCUAUGUGUAUUCUCUGUAUAGGUAUAUAUGUAUAGAUUUUGGCUAUUUGUCUGUUAUUGUUUCCUCUACCGGCCUAACCUUUUUCUAAGGGCCCAAAGCUGAACUGGGUUGAACUUGUACCCAUUCCCCAUCGCAGAUAGCGAGAACGAGUCUCUGUUCACCUUCCAUUGUUCCGUGUCUCUGCAUCUUCACCUCAGCACCUCAUUUUUGUUAGCGUUCUCCUGUCAUGUCCUUUCACGUGAGCCCCAUGUCGUAGCAAGGCCUUUGGUCAAGCCCCGCUGUGGGUUGAUGACGCGGUCUCAGGCCCUGAGUAUUUUGGCCCUCAGACUCACCCUGAAGGUCAGGGACUGAUCACACUAUUGCAGCCAUCAUGCUGGAUACUGGACCUGCUUAGCCACCACUCAAUGACUAAACGUAUCGAAACUCUUCAGAGCUUGGGCCAUUUCUUACCUGUUCAUUGGAAAUGUAAUGUAACGUGGUCUUAUGCCUAGAAGUAAUUUUUUUGCUCAAUAUAUUUUUAUUAUAUAUUCUAUAUAUAAAUAUAUAUAAAGAUUACAAUAGCUGGGAUUAUUUAAUAGCAAUAGCUUGUAGUGAAUGUGUACAGAUUACCUUAUAGAGAUGUCUAGAUGAUUUAUGAAAAGGCCAGUUAAACUAAAAGGAAUCUGUUUCUGGACUGUCAUGAGUAGACGUUGUAUAACCUCCACUUAAAGUCUUGCACGCACACGUGAAACACUUUUCCACCACCACACACAAACAUGCACACAGUCCCACACAAACACACAGACACACACCCAACUCCUGCUGCUGUGUGAAAGACACUGGUUUCUGGAACUGGAGGAUUUUUAGUGUUGGUCGGUCAGUCGUAGACUAUUUAUUUCACUUUCCUGUCUGAUAAGAGUAAAUAUUCAGCUAGCUACACCUGAUCUGUGUCUCUGACUGUGUGCAACCAGAAGGAUGCCACUGUAAUUUUAAGCACUUAUUAAAUAGUCCGUUUGCGAGAACACACAAUGAAAGUUUGCUCUUACACUGUAAUCAAGAUUGACAGGAGUGUAUUAAAGCUUCAAACCUGCAGUUCUCUCUCACACACACGUUUUUCUGUAGCUCGUCUGACCACACGAACACCUCUGAAAGGCUACAGUAGGCUAAAAUCCUCUCUUUUUAAAGACUAGAAUUGCAAAGGAGCUGACGAUGAAGUGCUGGGCACAGUGCUGCCUGGGUUUCAACCUUACAUUCCUUUUAUUGCUACAUAUUUUUUGUGCUGUACACGGGCCAAUGUACAAUGUUGCACGGCAUGGUUGGUGUGCUAUGAAGGCGACAGGAUGACUCCACAGUCUGGGUUUUAUUUAAACUUGUUUCUUACACUGAACUCAACACCGCUGAUAGGAAAUAAACGUGGAUGUUCCCUAUUACACUUAAAGGGACAGUGGGUUUUUUUUGUUUUUUUUUUUCAAAAAACAACAAAAAAAAGGACAAAAACCAAAUGUGGUGUUAAGUGACUUUUUAAUAAUGUACAGUUUUGGUGACUUUAAAUUUGUUCCUUUAUAUUUUUAGGACCAAUUCAUCAUUUUUAAGAGGAGGUAUUACAAGACUCUGUUGUAUUAAGGUGAUGUAACACGUGUGCAUCUGUAGAAUGUACUGUGAGUUGAAUAAAGAACCACAUCUAGUAGAAA